GGGAAAAAAAAAAAGGAAAAAGGAAAACUCUGUAGGAUCUCUCCGGGCAGUGGGUUGUAUAUUUUGUUGGAUUUCAAAUUAAGCUGCAGGAAAAGUAGGAUUAGAGAUGGUAUUAUCAUCUGGGAGCAAUGCUAGUGAAGCUGUAAAACUGUGUGUGUUUGAUUUGAGAAGGGGGCAAAAUGAAGGUGAGGAGCUGGACAAGAUUCUCUUCUUCCAUCCUGCUGAUUUGCCAUUUACCACUCAGCUCUCUGUCAUUGGCCUCAGCGAAGGACUCAUCACUUUCACUAGGUUAUUACUUGGACGCUCAUUUUUACAUGUAUACUUUCUGAAUUUACUUUCACAUAAUUAUGAUGCUAAGUUACAUGCUACCAAAGGGAGAAAAUUCUGGCCAUGGUGUUAUGAGUGUUUGAACUUAACUUGUUUUAACUCUUUACUAAGUUUGUUUUCUAUUGCCAUAAAGUUAGCAGUAAACCACAAUACUGUGGGACGGGAGGCUGCAAUUGAUGUUCAGUCACUUGUCAGAGUAUUAGAAUCCUGUGCUGGGAACUCAAAGUGCUACUCGCUUACAAUGUUCCAGGACCUGCUGGUGUCCACAACACUCUCUCCUGAUGACACCGUAAACCUUUUUACAUAUGCUGUCCUAAGGUUAACCCCUCAAGCUCUAUCCUCCAUGGCAAGUUCUUGGUCCUAUCUGCAUAAAGAAAGCACUGCGUGUAAUACUUCUGCGGGAGCUGUAAUGGCAAAUUCUAGUCCAAGUGUAGAUCAAUAUUAUAAUUCAGGUGAUACAUCCCCAAUCGGAAAUCGCAGUUAUCAUGUUGUGAGGCCCUUGCAGCAUGACAAAUGGUCUAAGGGGAAGGAUGGUUUUCUUGUUUCCAAUAUUUGGGGUGCAGAGUUUGGUUGUCCAAUUCCAACAAGCCCAACAAUUUGGCUUAAGCAAACAGAGGAGAGAAUGUAUUUAUGUGCUUAUCAGCUCCGAAGCCUUACUGUGAUACUCCUCAUUCCAGUCUCAUCUGUCCUCGAUGGGGAGCAAGGGAUUGCUAUGGUGAAGCGACAAAUCCUUGAAAAUGCAUCGCUAAAGAUGUUCUGGGUUGAGGAGAAACUAUCGAGAGGAUGGGGAGGUGAGAAUGCAUAUCAUGUUAGUGGGUGUCGUUAUUUACUGGUGGAUGGUGAUAGAAAUAUAUCUCGGGCUUCUCCUCCUGGAAAAGUAACAACUUUGACAAAGGUUAUUCCUGUUCCUUCACUAAGAGUGAUUUGCAUUAUUCUUGUCUAGUUUAGCCUGUAGCUA